AUGUGGAUUUCAUUGAAGUCACCCAAGCUAGCAGUCGCUGUUUAUAACUGGAAGGGAGAUGUUAGAUCGGGUUUACCAUUGGAGAUAGGAGAAACUGUACAAAUCCUAGAAGAAAAUGGAGCUUGGUACAGAGGCUUCAGCUCAAAGAACCGCUCGGCGUGGGGUAUAUUCCCAUUGUGUGUGGUCUCCAUCCGACCAUGCAUCGUGAAAGGCACAGGUGCUACAGCUAUAGCGGAACUUAAAGAUGAUCCAUUGGUCCGGGAGAUUGCUUGUGUUCUCAGAGAAUGGGCUCGUUUGUGGAAAAAACUUUAUGUCGAGCGGGAGACCUACAGAUUCAGUGCAGUAGCGAAAGUCAUGAGAGAGUUGUUAAGUGGGCGACGAGCUCUUCUCGCGGGAACGCUCACUCAGGACCAAACUCGAGCGUUGAAGUUGAAACUUGUCGCGAAACUAGACUGGGGGAAUAGGUCCAAGACUGUACAACUGUACAAGCUGUACGUCAAUAAUGAGCUGUCAGAUUUGCAACAACAAUAUUUUGAAGUGUGCAACUUGAUAUUUAUUAAAUAUCUUGGUGCAAAAAGGAUAGCAAUAUCUAUCCUGUAA